GUCUGCCGCAAAAAUCAAUAGCAACCCUAGUCCUUCAGCUAUUGAACUAUGCGAAUUUGGAUGCGAAGUUGAAUAUAUUCAGAUAUUUGCCUUUUACUUCACAAUACUGUAACGUUUUCUUCAAUAUAUACAAUAAAUGUAAAUUAUGCAGUUGGUAUAGGAUACGGUAUGAUAAAAUCGGAAUAAAAAUCAAAAUAAAAAAAAGAAUUUCCUGAUUGCAGUGGAGAAAGAUGAUUAUUCUCACUGGUGCAUUGUUGAUUGUUUUAACAACGAGUUUGUUCCUGCUUUGGUAUAGAAGAGACAGUCGAUUGCCACCAGGUCCCAGAGGUAUACCGAUACUUGGUAUACUUCCUUUUUUGGGCUCUAAUCCAACGAAGAAGUUGACGGAAUGGACUAAUAAAUACCACGGAGCAUGCACCAUGCGAAUUGGAAGAACGGACACUGUAGUACUCGCAAAUUACGGAAGUAUUUAUGACGUGUUAAUACGCCAAGCUGCCAAAAUGGGUGCUCGAGCAGAUCUUACCGUUCCCGAUGCAGCCAACAAAUGAAUUGGUAUCGUCUUUGCCACUCCAAAAAUUUCGGAAAUUCAUAGACCUUUUACACUACAAACUUUUAGAA